AUGAUUAAAACCACAGGAAGUGUGGCGUCCCUCGUCUGCUUCGCAGCUGCACUCCCUUUUCCUGUGUGGACUGUCGUCGCCUCAUCGCUGCCGUCGUCGCCUUCUGGAGCUGCUGCCUUCCGCCUGCCCACCCCGAGGAGCCGCCGCCGCCGCUUUUCGCUCCAGGAGGACCGCACCUGCCGGCUGGAGCUGUCUCUAGUGCCGUCGCCGCCCCAGUUGCUGCCGUCGCCGCCGUCGCCAGCCGGCGUGCUGCCGUCGCAGGGCGUGCUGCCGUCGCAGGGCGUGCUGCCGUCGCAGGGCGUGCUGCCGUCGCAGGGCGUGCUGCCGUCGCAGGGCGUGCUGCCGUCGCAGGGCGUGCUGCCGUCGCAGGGCGUGCUGCCGUCGCAGGGCGUGCUGCCGUCGCAGGGCGUGCUGCCGUCGCAGGGCGUGCUGCCGUCGCAGGGCGUGCUGCCGUCGCAGGGCGUGCUGCCGUCGCAGGGCGUGCUGCCGUCGCAGGGCGUGCUGCCGUCGCAGGGCGUGCUGCCGUCGCAGGGCGUGCUGCCGUCGCAGGGCGUGCUGCCGUCGCAGGGCGUGCUGCCGUCGCAGGGCGUGCUGCCGUCGCAGGGCGUGCUGCCGUCGCAGGGCGUGCUGCCGUCGCAGGGCGUGCUGCCGUCGCAGGGCGUGCUGCCGUCGCAGGGCGUGCUGCCGUCGCAGGGCGUGCUGCCGUCGCAGGGCGUGCUGCCGUCGCAGGGCGUGCUGCCGUCGCAGGGCGUGCUGCCGUCGCAGGGCGUGCUGCCGUCGCAGGGCGUGCUGCCGUCGCAGGGCGUGCUGCCGUCGCAGGGCGUGCUGCCGUCGCAGGGCGUGCUGCCGUCGCAGGGCGUGCUGCCGUCGCAGGGCGUGCUGCCGUCGCAGGGCGUGCUGCCGUCGCAGGGCGUGCUGCCGUCGCAGGGCGUGCUGCCGUCGCAGGGCGUGCUGCCGUCGCAGGGCGUGCUGCCGUCGCAGGGCGUGCUGCCGUCGCAGGGCGUGCUGCCGUCGCAGGGCGUGCUGCCGUCGCAGGGCGUGCUGCCGUCGCAGGGCGUGCUGCCGUCGCAGGGCGUGCUGCCGUCGCAGGGCGUGCUGCCGUCGCAGGGCGUGCUGCCGUCGCAGGGCGUGCUGCCGUCGCAGGGCGUGCUGCCGUCGCAGGGCGUGCUGCCGUCGCAGGGCGUGCUGCCGUCGCAGGGCGUGCUGCCGUCGCAGGGCGUGCUGCCGUCGCAGGGCGUGCUGCCGUCGCAGGGCGUGCUGCCGUCGCAGGGCGUGCUGCCGUCGCAGGGCGUGCUGCCGUCGCAGGGCGUGCUGCCGUCGCAGGGCGUGCUGCCGUCGCAGGGCAUGCUGUCUCUUGCUGACGCUGAGGACAAUAAUGAAAGUUUUUAA